CAAGAAUUUUCACAGGCUUGACUAGGGGACUCUACACGAUACAUACUUGGCGUGUACUAUUUGGAUGACAUAUUCCUGGAAUACUCAUGUUCGAAAGGGAAUGAAAUUACCCUUAUCAUUCGAAAUAAACACACAUUUCUUUUAUCCAAGUUUAUCGUUCCUCUAAAUGGAUGCCUGGCAUAAGCACCUACUGGUGCCUGAUCCAGCCUACCCUCCCGUACUCUUAUGGAAUCAAAGUAAUACAACCCACCACAACAGCUCUCAACCACCCCAAUCACCCCAUCAUACAUAAUGACAUCUAAGAACAAGAGCGUGCGACUCACACCAUCCAUGAUUCCCGACCUUCCCAACUACGAUGUUAAAGAAUCAUCUUUCUUCACAAAAUGGGAACAAUUACCUACCCCGGAAGAAGUGCAAGCACAAGCCAAAGCCCAGCAUCUCGCUGGAAUAAAUCCAGAUAGAAGGAAAGACUAUUCCACCGACUCAUUUCAUACUAGACCACCGCCCGUUCUAUUUGAAGAAAUGAAUAUGUUUGUUAAGUGGGGAAAGUCUCUCAAAAUAUCCGAAGCUUACUGUCUAUAUGCUAUCCAUCGAUAUCUCAAGGACCAUGUCCCCGUCCCCGAGGUAUAUGGAUGGCGCACUGAAGGAGAGGUGAUAUACAUCUACAUGGAGUAUAUAAAGGGAAAGACAUUGGAACAAGCAUGGGAUGUCAUGGCAGAGGAAGAUAAAACAGGCAUCUGUCAUGAGCUUAAGGUAAUCUGCGAUCGACUUCGUCUGCUCGAACAGGACCCGGAGGAGAUAUUCGUCGGCAACAUCGCGCAAAAACCCAUCUACGAUAGAACCUUCAGCAUCAACCACCUGCACGAAGCAGGCCCAUUCCCCACCGUCCGCCAAUUCCACGACUGGUUCACAUUCCUUCCCCGGCGCCAGAUGUCGGAUCCAUACUCUGUGCCUAUAGAACCAUAUCGCUAUGGUCUUCCAGACCACUGUGCCAUCAAAUUCACGCAUGGCGAUCUCCAUCGCAGUAAUAUCAUCGUCACAUCCUCUUCUCCAUACCGUGUAAUGGCAAUCAUCGACUGGGAGCAAUCCGGCUGGCUGCCUGCAUACUGGGAAGUGCGCAAGGCGCAAAUGUCAACUUGGAGUGGUGAAGAAUGGGCAUCUGUCUAUCUUCCCAUGGUUCUGGAUGGAUUUGAAAAUACUGAGGAUUCAUGGUGGUGGUAUAUAGCUGCUUUGGGACCUUGACUAUUUUGUUUCACUUGAUGCAUAUACAUUAGUAAAUUCAGCUAAGUUGAUAGCAAAAGAUAGACAGACAGACUACUUAUUUAUAGCUAUCACUAACAAGCUAUUAAUUGGAUUAAGAUGCC